GGUGAAUCUGUAAAAUUUCUCUUUAGAGCAUGCCAUAAAUUAAAUGGAAAUGAAAUCUAUUUCAUUCACUCUGUUUAUAUGAAUGCUGAACUCUGAGAAAGAAAGGUAUAGCGUAUUGAGCCAUUCUUAAUAUAGAACUGAAAAUGCCACCAGCGGAGAGUGAGGCAAAGGCAAAAACCAAGGUUCGCUUUGAGGAAAUAUUUAGGAGUCAUUCUGGGCUAACAGAAAAAAAGAAAUCGAAGAAGCAAAAAUUUCACUCUCAUGAGAAUAUUGUGCUUGACACCUUUAGAAAUAAUCUUAGUUUAGCUAAAGAAAGUGGAAAUGAGGUAAUUAUAAACAACACUUAUAAUCCUGAGGAAAAGAGCCCCCGGUUUACAAAAAACAAACUAAGAGACAAAGCCUCAGUUUCAGAAAAAAUAAACAAUGUUGUUGUUAGUGGAGAAGAAAACAAGCAACCAAAGUCUAACAAGAAGAAAAAGAAAGCGGUGUUACAAGAACAAUUUAAUGAGGAGGAAAAUGUAUAUGAAACUAAAUUGGAGAGUUUUGAAAAAGAGAUUACUGAUUUGCCAAAGAAAAAAACAAAAAGUAAAUCACAAACAGAUGCAUCUCAUCAAAAAGGCAACAACAAGAUAAAAAGUACCUUGAAUGAAGCGAGAGAUGUAACUGAAUUAGAAGAGGAAGAACAGCUAAUUCAAGCCUAUGAGCUGCAAGUGGCUGAGGAUGAGGCAAAUAUAAUUAAGGAGAAAAUAAGAAAAAAACUUAAAGAACAGAUGUCUGAAUUCACCUCCAGUGUUCAAAGCCAAAAAGUUGUGUUGAACAAUGAGGUGGGCAAAAAGAAGAAAAAAGUACCAGUUGUAUCUGAAGCUGAAACAAGUGUGAUGUCCCUUGCUGAACUACAACAUAACCCAAUGGAAGAUAAUACCAGAAAAAAUAAGUCAUCAGGAAGACUGCUUGCAUCAUAUUUUAAAGAUGAAAUGAACACAGAGGAACACAAGGAGGAGGAAGAUGUGGAAAAACUGAAACCUAAAAUAAAGAAAGCAAAAAAGAAAUCUAAAAAAGCAUUAGAAGGAAAUACAGAAAUUGCUGCAGAAAAUGUACAGGAAAUGAACAGUCCAGAAGUUUGUACUCAAUCCAAACGUGCUUUUGAUGACAGCCUUGUGUUAGGGGUUUACAUCCAUCGAACUGAUAGACUUAAAACUGAUCUCAUGGUAUCGCAUCCCAUGGUCAAGAUUCAUGUGGUUGAUCAGAGAACUGGUUUAUAUGUCAAGAAAGAGCAUAGCAGCCGGGCAGUUUCAUCUUUUUAUGAACAAGAGCGAGUGGAGCACAUUCUUCCUAUUAUGACCCAGCCUUAUGAUUUCCGACAAUUUAAAUCAACACUUCCAGAAUGGGAGGAACAAAUCAUAUUUAAUGAACGUUUUAGUUAUUUCCUUCAAGAUGCUGAAGAAAGCCCCAAAGUAGUCCUGUUUUUUGAGAUCCUUGAUUUCUUAAGCAUGGAUGAAGCAAGAGCCAACUCUGAAGUGCAAAUUCAGGAAAGUGGUUUUCGCAAAAUCUCUUGGGCAUUUCUAAAGCUUGUAGGUGCAAACGGAGUCCUAAACAUUGAUGGGAAACUACGUCUGCAAUUAUAUUAUCCACCUCCAAGGACCAGGACACAGUCAAAUGUUGUUGAGGUUUUUGACUGGUGGGCAAAAGGUCCUAGAAAUCGUUACCCGUCAACAUUAUAUGUAACUAUAAAAGGCAUAAAACUACCAGAUCAUGUAGAUCCUUCUUUCCGUUCCAUGAUGGCUGUUCAACAGGAACAAGGUAGCACGUCAUUCUGUGAGCUCCAGAAUGAAGUAUCAAAAAAAGCUAGUGUAUAUAGUCCACAUGAGAAAAAGGAGCAGUUGAAAUGGACGAGACUGCCUGGACAGGCUUGUCGUAUACCAAACAAGCAUCUCUUUUCACUGAGAGCAGGAGAUAUGGGAUGUUUCUGUAUUCGUUUUUCUCAAGAUGGAAAAACAUUAGCAGCAGCCUGUGCAGGGAGGGAUGGUUAUCCCAUUAUUUUAUAUGAGAUUCCUUCUGGACAAUACUUGAGAGAAUUUUAUGGCCACCUUAAUAUUGUAUAUGAUCUUUGUUGGUCAAAAUAUGAUGAGUACCUCCUUACUGCAUCCUCUGAUGGCACUGUCAGAAUGUGGAAAAUUGAGACCCAGGCUACAACUUCUGUGAGAGUUUUCCCUCAUCCUUCAUUUGUUUACACUGCAAAGUACCAUCCAGUUGCUGACUAUCUUGUGGUGACAGGAUGUUAUGACUCUGUGAUUAGGGUAUGGAAUGCAAAAGUGAAAGACAUCUAUGGUCAGUUGCUACAGGAGUUUGAUGGUCACAAAAGUUUCAUCAAUACACUGUGUUUUGAUGCAGAAGGACUUCACAUGUUCUCAGGAGACAGCUCAGGGCUGAUUAUAGUUUGGAAUACCUUUGUCAAAGGAAGUUCUCAACAUCCAGUCCAACACUGGGGUAUUAAUAAGGAAAUAAAAGAAAACGAUAUUAAAGGGACUCCAAUAAAUCAUUUAGAAGUACAUCCAAAUGGAAGACGUUUAUUAAUCCAUGCCAAAGACAGUGCUCUGAGAAUUAUGGAUCUCAGAAUCUUGGCUACAAAGAAAUACAUAGGUGCCACAAACUAUAGAGAGAAGAUUCACAGUACCUUAACACCAUGUGGGACAUUUCUUUUUUCUGGAAGUGAAGAUGGUAUAGCAUAUGUUUGGAAUCCAGAAACAGGUGAUCAAGUAGCCAUAUAUUCUGACCUCUCCUUCACAUUUCCAGUUCGAGAUGUCACCUUUCAUCCACAUGAACACAUGGUGUCAUUUUGUGCCUUUGGUCAAAAUCAGCCAAUACUUGUGUACAUUUAUGAUUACAAAGUUGCACAGCAGGAGGCUGAAAUAAUAAAAGAUCUCAAUGGGUCACUCGCAUCAACAACACCCAGAGGGCCACAAAUUCUUAGCAAUUCUUCUCAUAUUUCUGCACAGAAAGAUUCAACAAUGUCUCCGGCAGAUCAAUUUGUCAGUGUUGCAAGAGUAUCUAUGAGAAUGCAGAAAGUGAAGCAGAAACUUGACUCUGUUAUGACCAGCUCAAAUCUCAUGCUUCCGGCUCCAUCACUGCUCUCGCCACACUCCAAGUUAAGGCUGCCAAGUACUCUGGGCACUUCACUGAUUCCUCAGUAUCCUUUCAUGUCUCAAAACGGGAGUUUCAGCCCAGUAGGAAGUUCUCUUAGCCGAACACCAUCAGUCAGACUACAGACGAGUGAUGACCUUCUGGUUACAACAUGUAUGAGAGGAGCAAAUAAUUCUACACCAGUGCAAGAGAGAGUAGUGGCUCUUUAUGACUACACAGCGCAUCGAUCAGAUGAGCUAACCAUCCAUCGCAGUGACAUUAUCCAAGUGUUAUACAAAGAUAAUGAUAACUGGUGGUUUGGCAGCCUAGCAAAUGGACAGCAAGGCUAUUUUCCUGCUAAUUAUGUGGCUGGUGAAACUGAAUAUGAAAAGGAACAGUCUUCUGAAUUAGUACCAGAUUCUACUCUUCUACACAGUGAACAAACAGAGGCAGAAAUGUCAGCAGUCAUCACCAAGUCAGGGGACCUGAAAUUUAUCUCAGAGCAUGACACAGAUAUAGACUCACCUGUGACACAAGUUACAAAGAAGAAGAAAAGGAUACUGAAGAAUGAAACAAUGGAAAAUCCACCAAAUGUAAUGGCUCUUGACACCCUUGCAUCUUCAACUACCACUAACAGUGUUGAAAACAAAUCUAGAACACAUGGUUUAGAACUGAAGAAGAAAAGAGCAGUGAAAAACUCAAGUGCAAGUGGAAAGACAAAUGUUGCCUUUGAGCCUAACAGUUGAAGUGUAGUCAUCAUUUAACUCCAGAUAUAGGUGGUGCAUUCAGAAUAUUAUAUGCAAAAAAUGGAUUUGAAUGGGAUUUAUGCUGAAAUGAUAAUCUCACUUUCAGGAUAAAAAACACUGAAAACCAAAACAUUAAACAUAGACAAACACACAAAAUUCCCCCAUACUCCUGUCAAGACAUGCCAUGUGGGAUAGAACCUAAUUCUCCAAGGAACCUGGCACCUCCAGCUCUUACUGAGGUUAACAAAACUUGAGUAUCCAGCACUUCACAGGAUUGGGCUCCUGGACAGUUCAAGCCUGAAGUUUAACUUUCAUGUUUCGCAAGAGCAGCAUUUACAGGUGAAUUCUGAAAUAAUCUAAGUCCCGAUUCUGAUACCUUUCUCAUGCUGACUAGAAUUUUACUGUUGGAAAGAUUCCUGAUGACUUCAAUGGGUGUUGGAUCCAGGCCAUUUUUGAGCAUGAGCAAAGGUGGUAGAGUGAAGUCCAAAGUUGUUAGUACUCUGUGACCUAAAAUGAAACAAGCUUGACCAGGAUAGAAGGUUUUGUGUUAGCAAUUUUGAUUUUCUUGCAAAAAGGCAGACAGUAUUCUGUAUUCAGCAUGUGAGCACUCUGAAAGAAUCUUACACAGGUCUACAUGAAAAUACACACUUUUUAUGUCCUCCUGUUGUUGACUAUUCACUUUGGACUAGAUUUUGCAAUCCUUGUUUAUAUUGGUGAACACCUACUCAUGCAAGUAAAUUGACUUCAGUGGAACUACUUGUGAAUAAAGCUCACCAACAUGAGUAAGGAUUGCAAAAUUCAUCUUUUUGGUACAUUGAUUUUUAAAAUGAAGGCUUUUUAUAAAUAUAUAAAUGUGCACUAAAACUUGGUAAAAUUCAGUUUUUGCUGCACUCAGAGCAGCAUUGCCAAAUAUAUUUUACUUUAUUUUGAAGAAACUUUUCAUAUCAAAAUGGGUAGUUUAUUUUAUGCUGUGUGUAGUAUUUAUUUCCUUUAUGUGUUUAGUUUAUCUGUUUUUGAAAUUAAUAGCACUAUGUUGUGAACCAUUAUCAAUUAUUUCAAUAACUUCUUACAAUACUAUCAUUUUACAUUUGACGUUAAAUGAAAUACUUUCCAUCAGUUAAUACUGGUAUUUUUUUCUGACUGAUGGCGUCCAGUUUAUUUUUACUCUGCUAGGAAAAUCUUCCCCCUCCCCUUCUGAGGCAAUAAAUAACAUAAAAUUAGAAAACCCUUAUUUAGUAGACAAGGCACUUGAUUCCAUUAAAAAAAGAAGUGAGAAUAACCAUGUUGGGCACUCAUGUGUGAAAUGCACCCAGAUGCAAAGGACUAGUUGCCAUAUAUUCUAGUAUCAUCCCUGCGCAUGUUUUGAAGGCAUAAAAAUAUGUAAACAUGUUUCUGUUGGGUAAAACUCCCCAGGAAAAAAUCCUUUAUUCAAGGGCAUUGUUAAGGGCUCCGUUUGCCCAAUGUAUGUGUAUAUGCAAAUCCCAUAUUAUCCUAAACGGGAGUUACAUGUGUGCACUGGGGUGAUAAUGAACUCCCAUGUGUAUGUUUCCCUAGCCAUAUAUUAUAAAAGCAUAUUAUUCCUGUGUAAUGAAACUGCUUAAUAUUUUAGCCUGGCUUCUUGUCUAGCUGCUGUUGAAAUACAGCCUAGUUGCUACUUCAGUGAGCUAUGUGGGUUUUAACGUUUUGUGAAAGGAAAACGUCAGCAUUUUAUGGCUUUAAAAUGUCAUCGGUCACAUUUAAAGAUAAAGGCAAAGCAUGACAUCAGGCUACACGUCAGGGCAAGCGGAGCAGUAGCCAAGAGCUGGGUGCUUCUUUGGAAAGCCUAGUAAAAUGUUAAUUUGGCAUUGUGGAUGCUGAAGAUAAAAAUAACACUUCAGAUACACACCAGAGAGAAAUGGUAGUUCUAAUCAAAGGCACAGUGCCUCCUUUCAUGCUUGCGAACUAGGGCUCCAAUUAUGUUCACUGCUCUGAAACUGAACAGAGCUGCUUUGCCACACUUUCCAAAUUGAGAGAGGAGAGGCAGAAGACAUGUCUUCCAAGGCACAGUUCCAAAUAACAGUUAAGCAGAGAAAUCAAAUAAAAGACCCAAUGUGAAAAUUUUUGGAGUUGAAAAUAGACUUUAAAAAACUGUUUUGUUACUAUUCUCAUUAUUACAGAAUCACUGGCUUUAUUUUCAUUAUCCUUUUCUCUCCGCCUCAUGGAGGUUAGAUUCUUUUACUGCUUUGUAUUCCUUCAGUGCAGUGUGAGAGCAAACUGCAUUUACUUCAGAGGAAAUGAGAAAGAAGAAAGACCUGCAUUUAACAAAACAACACUUCUGAGCCAUUUUCAAUAUCCAAAUUAGGAGAUUCAGAUUAAGAUUAAUAAUAAUCUUUUAAAGUAAUACAUAUCAGGAGAUAAUAACAAGGACUUGUAGUUUUUACCAGUGUUUAGAAAUGUAGGUAAUACUUUCAUUUAAAAAAUCUCAUUUUUCUUUUCUGUGGUGUUGAAGUCUGAGAAAUGGCAAUGCUUCUUUCCCUCAGGCAUUCAGAUUAUGUUUUAAAUAUAUGUACAACCACAGAAGAUUAAGUUUUCUAUUUGGCAUGUCAAUUUGUAGUAGCAAGGGGAUGGUUUAGUAAACUAGUCUUGGAAAUGAAACUUUGUGUCCUUGUGUAGCAUGGUUCCUUUUUCAUAAUAAUGCAGCACACACAUAAAAAGUUAUAAAAAAACGGUAAACUUCACACACUUGGUGGCAACUUUCUAGACAUUUAGGAGGACUACAUUUUAAUUGGGGAGGGGGAUGUCCAGAAUGCAUACUGCACAAAUGAUCUGAAAAAAAUUUUCUCCUCCCUAUUUUUUUUUUGAGCUGCACAUGAAACAUUCCAAAAUGUGAGUGAGCUGAGACCUUGUUCACUAAGCUACUGCCCAGAAUGUCAGAAUUAUAAAUACCCGCAUGAGGAGUUUCUGCAGGAAACACAAAUUUAACCUUGAUCUAGUGGCGCAAAUAGUGUCAGUGGAAUAAUGACAAUGGCAGUCACUGGUGGAACAAAGCAGGUAGAAAUCUAUAUAAAGAGAUGAAACAUUACAAAAGUUUAUAACUAUCUGGCCAGUGAUAGUAUAGUGGUUUGUUGUUUUGGGGUAUGUUUUUUUUCCUGGAUAUGUACAUUUCUCCAGCUGUAACGUGUAUUUGCGGUUCAGCAAAGAAAUGUUGAACAAUACACAAAUAUGAACAAUUAAAAUGGAAAGGAAGAGACAACUCAUUUUUUCCUUGUAUUCCUCCAUAACCAUCAGCUUGCAUUUGUUUUUUGCCUUAAUGCUUUAA